AGCACCCCCAGGCCCAGAGAACUAUGAGUCGGGUAAAAAGCCUCGGCAGCAGCAGCAGAAACAGUAACAGCAGCCCCAGGAGCCUCGGCCACCGAAGCAGCAGCCGCCACAGCAGCCAGGGUAGUGGUCGCCCCUGCCCCCUCCGGCGAGUCCUGCUUUCCAGCGGAUCCCACUACAAGCGCCUCCCGUAGCCGCUUUCCUUGAGCGGUCCAGUGAGACAACCUCCCCUGACCUCGGCCAGUCAGGGUUCUCAGCUCCAUUCUACCUGAUGCACCAUGCUGACCUCGGGACUGAGGGGACUGGAGAGCCACUGCGACCGCCUGCCUGGCUCGUGCUGAUCUCAGCGGGAGCAGUCUCUGCCGCUGGGGUAAGCCCGGGGUGCUGGGCGACGGCGCGCCCCCAGUUUCACAACUUACUGCCUAAGGGAAGCAACCGCAGGUCCUGCCUCUGCCUCCCUCCACCCCACCCUCUCCUUUCCCUAAAAUCCUUAGGAAAGGCGAUGGGGGCGCUGCUGGCGCUCUGUCUCCUCCUGGCCUGGCUGCGCUGGGGCCCCGUUGGGGCGCAGCAGGACGGGGAGUACUGCCACGGCUGGGUGGACGCGCACGGCAACUACCACGAGGGUUUCCAGUGCCCAGAGGACUUCGACACGCUGGAUGCCACCAUCUGCUGCGGCUCCUGCGCCCUACGCUACUGCUGUGCUGCCGCCGACGCUAGGCUGGAGCAAGGGGCUUGCACCAACGACCGAGGCGAGCUGGAGCACCCGGGCAUCACCGCGCAACCAGUCUAUGUGCCAUUCCUGAUCGUUGGCUCCAUCUUCAUCGCCUUCAUUAUCCUGGGCUCCUUAGUAGCUAUUUACUGUUGCACCUGCUUAAGACCUAAACAAACAUCCCAGCAGCCCAUUCGUUUCUCACUUCGAAGCUACCAGAAUGAGACCCUACCCAUGAUUCUGACCUCCACUAACCUCAGGACGCCUUCGAGGCAGUCCAGCACUGCAACCAGUUCCAGCUCUAAUGGAGGCUCCAUUCGAAGAUUUUCUUUCGCCAGAGCCGAGUCUGGUUGUUUGGUGCCUUCACCUCCCCCACCUUACACAUCAGGCUGUUUACAGACAGGUCAUUCAAUCCACCUGACCCAACCAUCUGGAUUCCUGGUGUCACCACAGUAUUUUGCUUAUCCCCUCCAGCAGGAGCCAACACUUCCUGGGAAAAGCUGCUCGGACUUCAGCCCAAGUUGAUAGGAAUAAUGCAGCGGAAUGAAGGACAAGUGGAGUGUGUUUUGAGUUACGCUCAUGUUAAUACUUAGAUGAUGUUCUGGGGCAUCAGAACAGAUCAUCAUGGAGAAAUAUUUCUUUUCUAGAAUUAAUAUGUUCUCCCAUUUGGAUGUUUUAGGUAAUUGUUUUUUUGCCUUUUUUUAAAAAAAGGUGACCAUUACAUUUUAAUUUGCUAUCUUUACUCAUAAUUACAGCAAUUAGAAGUUUAAACCAGUUUCUGUUCAAAAGAUUUCAUGGUCAACUCAAAACAUUAUUUGUAUAGAAGAUAUUAGAAGUUACUCUUUUAAGCCCAAGUGGUUAAUUUAAUUAUAAUGAAAAAAAGGAAGUACUUGAUUAUAGUUAUCAGAAAUUCAUUGAAAAAAAAAACCCUAAUCACUUCUUAAUAAACUAGGGAACCCUGAGCAUCUUGGACAGUAUUUAAGUAUGUUGAGAUAAUUAUUGUAUUAAUAAUCACACAACUCAAAAUACAUACUUUUCAGAAUACAAUAUGAAAAAAUUUAAUAAGUAAUUUUCUUUGUUAGCAAAACCUAACUAAAAUUUCCCCCUAGGGAAUAUUUAUUGUGAACUUUUGUUCAGUGACAUUUAGUAUAUAAAUGAAAGUUGGACAAUUGAAUCUUAAAGUUUUAUUUGUAAAAUUAAUUAUGUAAAAAUGUGAAGAUAUUUGUAAUUUAAUGUAUUUACACAUUGACAAUACUAAUUAUCUAGUUAUCACACUGAAUUUUUAUGUUAAUAAAAGCUGUGGUUAAAAUUCCUGUUAUUGUCCAUCUGUGCCAGAUCGCUAAGACCAAGCAGUCUUUGAACUAAGACCAGUAUAUUUUUGUACACAUCCUGUUGUGAGAUGUAGUGAACUGAUUUGCUUUUAUAAAAACUUUUUAAUUUUUAAUCAAAGCACCUCAUUGUACAGGAGACCUAUGUAAACCACUUGAUAGUAAAGGAGACAUACAUAUGUUACUAAAUUUAGAAAUCUAGUGGUAUCUAAUAUUGAAUUUAAAUUGCUUUAAAAAGCAGUCUCUUAUAUCUGAUUAUAAAUGCAGGGUACAAGCAUAUAUUCAGCACUUACAUAUGCUAGGCACUGUGCACCUAAAAAAAGGUGAAGAAAGUUAGCAAAAAUGUUAUGUAUUAUCAUGUCUUCCUUUCUUUUAUGACAGUCACUUAUUCAGAGAUAGACCCUUAUGGUGAUCUAAGAGCAUGUUUCUGUAUGUCCCCAAUAUAUUUUUGAAAUGUACAGUUGAAACUUGUGCUAGUGAUAAUGGCUUGUACUAUUGAUACAGGUUGUAACUAUUUUCAUAUAGAGUCUUUUUCAUACAAUGACUACAUCACUACCAGUGAAACAUAUAUGUUAAGGUUUUUCUACUAUCAAUUGUGGAGGAUACAAGUAAAUAUAAAACAGUUCCUUUUCUCGGGAAACCUGUUCACCUGCUUCCUGAUAUAAAUUUUGGUACAUCUCCAGAUGAUAUGUAUACACAUUUGCUACGGCUUAAAGGUUCAGCCUUGGCCCUAUGAAAUAGCAAACUAACAGUCUUACAGAGAUCAAACUGCAGCUUCAGCAUUGUCAACAGUACAUUUUAGCCAACUGAGCCUAUUGACUAUAAAUAAUUGAAAGGUUUUUUCUUUAACAACUUAUUAGUUAAAAUUGUACUAUACCUUCUCUUUUUAUUUCUGUAAUAAAUUCAUGGGAAACCUGUUUAAAACAAAUCUAUUGAUGUGAGGAAUUUAAUAGGGUUUCUGAAGUUAAUUUAUUAUAAAUCUUUAAAACCUCAACCUUAAAAGUCUUUCUAAGCACUUAUUUCCACUUUAGAGUGGUCAUUAACUUCCAACAUAGUCACACUCUUUAGCACUGCUGAUAAUGGAAACUUGGAAAGAUAGUUUCAAGAAUAAGUGUUUCCUGUACAUAGCAUUGUGAAAGCAGGCCAGAAUGAUUAAGUUGCAUAAUACAUAUCCAUAGAAAAUAUACAUCAUUUUUAUGAGUUUAUUAUAAACCUGGAGAGAAAAGGGACGGCAUGAGAGAUCUCAGGCAAUCCCUUCAUUUCAUUGAUUAAUAAACAAAGGCCCUGAAAGAGGAAGCAACUUGUCCAAUGCUUAAGCAGUAGAUACACUAUUGCCACUUUUCCCACACCAUUUAUAAUGGCAAUUUCAGAAUAAUGUCAUCAUGAUUUCACAUGAACUCAAUUAACAUUUCUUAAUCCAGUGUGUGGUAUAAGCCUGUAAUAAAGUAUCCCUCUAUGCCCUGGAUUUGUUUGUAUAGAUUAGAUGUUAUAGUGAUGUAGAGUGGAGAAAUAUACUGACAUAACAUAGAAAGUCUAUAAAAUAAACAGUGUUCUCUCUGUCUGUUGAGCAUCAGUGUUAUGGUGAUGUACAGGAAUGUCAUGUUUUCAGACAACAGGACAAAAGAGUUCUAUGACAUUUAUUGCAUUUUUAGCAAUUGCCCCAUACCUCUGGUGUCUUUCAAUGGUCUGUGUUGCCUGCAGCUGCUGAUUAUAUCCAGUAGAAUAAAAGGCAAGGUAGUCCCCUCUCCAAAAUGACUACGUAACAAGAUGAUUAGGUAUAAAUUGCAUUUGAUUAUUGUUUUAGUUAAGCUAUCUAUGUUCAUCUGCAUUAAACCAUUUUUUGUGGAUAAUGUGAAUUCUAUACUUAAAAAAAUAGGCACAUAUCUGACCUUAUUUCCUGGGGGUGGGGUGGGGGGACUUUUUGCUGACCUACUUUUCAGGCAAUCUAUUAGAAGGAAAAGUUAUGAUCAAUUCAUAUGAUGCUAAUAAGAAACAGAUUUCCUUGAUAGAGAGUUCUCUAUAAUAAAUGGAAAAUUGCCUUGACUUUUUAGACAUAAUUAAUCCUUGGCUACUGACAGAAUGGGGCAGUGAGGUG